UAGGGCCAAAAGAGGCUUCGAGGUUCCCUCUACUCGUUGUACGCGAAAAAGUUGAAGAUUUCAACCCCGACCUCACGUGUUACGCCGAGGAUGACGUGCCCAUGAGCCAACUCAAACAGGAGCGGGAUCUUCGAUUAUUCCGUUCAGUCCUCGGUCUAAUUGCGGUACUGGCCACCUGCGCGUUAGUAUGCUUCUCUAUCGGUAUAACCACCAACUCUAUGGUCAUCAUCGCGCCUCCUCCCCAGUACCCAACAACUGACAACGCAUACGGGCUAUACCAGUUUUGCUACACCACCGAGGAGAAUUUGGAGUCAGUGAAGAAGUGUGGUGUGCUUGGGGUGAACUGUGAACUCGACUGCUCACUAUUUGACGAUGUUGAGACUUGUAAUGCAUAUGAUAUCGUGCAGAACUGUGACUCAUUUUUCGCUUUGCGAAUAAUUAGCUCCUUUACAUUUCUCUUGGUCCUCGUUCCCCCUAUCGUUAUGAUUGUCCUGACCGCGAUGGGAUAUAAUCCGAAGCGUACUGCAGUCAGUGCCACAAUCGCAUACACGUUGAGUUUGGUCCUGUGUGUUCUCUUCAUCACGAUACUGUACCUCACUGAAUUGAAUGGCCAUAAGGAUGCGUAUGAUCGAAUGAACAAAAUGGCGCAAGCUCAAUCUGUUGGUAAUUCCCUAGCAGUGAAUACCGUACAAAGAACGAAUGGGUUUCCUAAGUUGGGGUACUCCUUUUGGGCCUUGUUUGGGUGCAUUGCACUACAACUUGUCUUGAUAGCGGUUGUCGUCGUGGCCUAUUCGAAAAACUGGAUCAUGUUUGCCUAUGACCGAAAACGGCCGUCGAUUGCGACCCUUGAAGAUGUUGUUCUGGAGAGUGGUUGAUGAAGCAUGAGAACACAAGCAUACAGUGUUGCAACAAUCUAUUACGGGAGCUGAUACGGUGCUAUCAUUCGCAUUUUAUCAGCCUUGCAAUCCGGUUAUUAUAUCGUUGUUUCUCGCCUGGCUUAUGGCCCAAGCCUGUAAUGUGUUGAUCCCGAAGGAGCUUGUCGACCUGGUUACCUUUGCAUUCUACUUGAAUUGAAAUUUGUCAGGCUUAAAAACGGACUGCAUAGUCUACCAUAAUAGCUUUCCUAUCAUUGUGGGCCUAAGAUUCGCAAAUGUAACUCUUAAAGACAACGCGCUCUCUGCCUCGUACUAAAUUUUUAUCACCACUGUUCAUAUUUUUACUGCGAGAAGGGAUUAACACCCGGAAAUGGCAAAUAUUCGAAAGCAAUUUAAAUACCUGGUUUGCUUCGAUGUCAUUGUAUUUCAUUUUUCCCGGUCAUGCAAACGAGUGGUGUAGUGUGGCCAGCUUGAUCAAGGAAUUUUUCUAUAGGAAUAAAC